CAGCCAGCUUAUGUCUCAGGGGGUCUUCUGUCAGACGGAAUCAGAGGUGAUGGAAGGCAAAGGAACAUCUGCUUUUAAGGAGGCACUGUUGGCAAGGUCUGGAACACAAGCUGUGCCGAGCUCAAACCCAGGCGAAAUUAUUGAAGACGAACAUGAAGAAGGACAUGAGGCUUCAUCAGAGGAGAUAACUCCAGCCAAAGUUGUUUCAAAGGAAGAGAUCGAUGAAGCUUUUGAACAAUGGAUCUACGGCAGCAAAAACCGUCCGAAAACUCGGCGGCUUGUAGACCCCAUUCUUCCCAUAGAAGGUGAAAAGAACAUUUUGAUCACCAGCGCCUUGCCCUAUGUGAAUAAUGUGCCUCAUUUGGGGAACAUCAUUGGCUGUGUCCUUAGUGCCGACGUAUUUGCCAGGUUUUGUCGCCUACGUCAAUACAACACACUGUACAUCUGUGGGACAGAUGAAUACGGCACGGCUACCGAGACAAAGGCGCUAGAAGAAGGCCUCACACCCCAGCAGAUCUGUGACAAGUACUUCAUGAUCCACAAAGACGUUUACGAGUGGUUUAAGAUAAAGUUUGACUUCUUUGGAAGGACAACUACUCAACAACAGACUGAAAUCUCCCAAGACAUUUUUUGGCGGCUUUACAAGGAAGGUCACCUGGUUGAAGACACCCUGGAGCAGCUUCAGUGCGUGGACUGCAAAAGAUUUCUUGCUGAUCGUUUUGUCGAGGGCACCUGCCCUUUCUGCAACUAUGAGGGUGCCAGGGGGGAUCAGUGUGAUUCCUGUGGAAAGUUAAUUAACGCCAUCGAACUUAAGAAACCUCGAUGUAAGGUGUGUGGAGGAACCCCUAAAUUGAGAAGCAGCAAGCACUUGUUCUUGAAUUUGUUGACCCUUUUGUUGUUUGUUUGUUUUUGUCUGCUUUUUGUUUUGUUUUUUGUUCAUUUUUCCUGUUACAGAUUUCUUGCUGAUCGUUUUGUCGAGGGCACCUGCCCUUUCUGCAACUAUGAGGGUGCCAGGGGGGAUCAGUGUGAUUCCUGUGGAAAGUUAAUUAACGCCAUCGAACUUAAGAAACCUCGAUGUAAGGUGUGUGGAGGAACCCCUAAAUUGAGAAGCAGCAAGCACUUGUUCUUGAAUUUGACCAAGCUUGAACCGCCCUUACAAACUUGGAUAGACAGGUCAUCUUCCGAAGGUACAUGGACCACAAAUGCCCGCCAAAUUACUCAGGGAUGGAUCAAAGAGGGCCUGAAACCACGAUGCAUCACACAAAUGUCGGUGACUCUUCAUCAGUUCAUGGCAAAGGAUAACGUCCCUUUCCACACUGUUGUGUUUCCGUGCACUUUGAUUGGUGCAGAUGACAACUACAGUCUUCUGAAUUCUAUCAGCGCAACAGAAACUGUGCACGNGAAUGAGUGGGAGAAAUGGUGGAAAAACCCUGAGCAAGUGACUCUUCAUCAGUUCAUGGCAAAGGAUAACGUCCCUUUCCACACUGUUGUGUUUCCGUGCACUCUGAUUGGUGCAGAUGACAACUACAGUCUUCUGAAUUCUAUCAGCGCAACUGAAUACCUUAAUUACGAAGAUGACAAAUUUUCCAAGAGUCGUGGAGUGGGGGUGUUUGGUGAUGCUGCUGCCGAUACAGGUAUCCCAGCAGACAUCUGGAGAUUCUAUCUGCUUUUUGUCAGACCUGAGAGCCAGGAUAGCGCUUUUAGCUGGUCGGAUUUUGUUUCGCGUAACAACACUGAACUGCUCAACAAUUUUGGCAACUUCAUCAACCGAGCCUUGAUGUUUGUGCAGAACAACUUUGGUGCCUCAAUACCUGCCAUGGAAUUUACCGAUGAGGACAAGAACUUCAUAGCACUCAUCAAUAAAGAAUUGAAGACGUACAUCGACAAUCUUGAGAAAAUGAGGCUCCGUGAAGGCUUAAAAGACGUGUUGAACAUAUCGAAACUUGGUAAUCAGUACAUUCAGUCCAACCAACCCUGGAUUCUUGUCAAGGGAAGUGAAUCAGACAGGUCACGCGCAGCUACAGUUGCAGGCAUUGCGGCAAAUUUGUCUUGGCUGCUGUCUGUUCUUGUUCAUCCCUUUAUGCCUGGUGUGAGUGAAGAGAUCCAACGCCAGUUACAGGUCACCGACGAAGGCAAUGUUGUGUUGGACAACUUCAUUCCCUAUCUGCAACCUGGUCACAAAAUUGGAGCGCCCAAACCGCUGUUCCAAAAGAUCGACGCUUCUGUAGCGGAUAAGUUCCGCGCAAAGUAUGGCGGGAGCAAACAGAAACAACAAACUUCCGGCGUCAAAUCAAAGGACGAAAUUGACAGCAGUAACACUGAUAUGGACCUAGUGACAUUGAAGGCAGAGGUUUCUAAACAGGUUGACCGAAUAAUCAAGCUGAAGGCAGAAGGAGCUGGAAAAGAAAGAGUGGAAGCUGAAGAGGGCAUUCUUACGGCGCUAAUGAAAAAGCUGGCUGUUGUAGAGGGAAAGGAUCCUGACGAGCAAGGCGGCAGUUCAACGGGAGAAGAGAAAGGGAAAAAGUAGACUAAUGAUACACCCUGCUGAAAGCCGACGAGAUGUUAGUGCCUCGGCAGCACGGCCUUAAGCUUUCCCAGUUUUCGAGUACGAGAUGAAUCCACUGUACGGAAAAAGAUGGCGGCUAUACAUUUUACCAAAAUUCCUUGCGAACCUAACAUAGUGAAUAGGCCCUCAGAAAAAGCCACAUUUUUGGCGAAAUUUUUCCCUGAACUAACAAUAUUGUUCAUGCAAGAUCUGAAUUUUUCAGGCUUCGUCUGAGCGUUUUUAAGAGCGAUUUUAGGGCUUUCGUGCGCUAAAAAUUCUUGGUAAAUGUUCGAGUAGCCAUCUUUUUCGGUAGGGUGAAUUGUCUCUUUACUUAGUUACACACUGUUUAAAUAAAUAUAUGCCUGAAAGGAAUACAGUACACGAUAAAUAGAGGUAAACGUAGCAAAAAAUGUAACACGAACUAAGCAGCAGCAACUAAAUUACGAAAACAAAAGACACUGUCUGUCUAAAAUAGUCAAUUUUUUUCUGUCAAGCGCGCUUGAGAAAAACCGCCAUGUUGAGUAUUUUGAGCAGUAGCGAGGCCGGUUAGAUAAGUGUAAUCCUAGCCCUCGUGACUGAUCGCUCCGUGAACAUCAUUUGAUGACGGCAGCAAAGACUAAAUUUUUGUCAGAGAAAGUUCGUUCAAUUUCCUAUUGCAUAGUAAGGAGUGUGCGGGAUUUCUCUUGCUUUACGU